AUGGCUGGUGCUGAACGUGAUGUGAGAGCUAAGGAUAGAGUGAUCUUACGUAGAGAUCGAUUAAUAGCUCGGAUCCGCCAAAUCCAUGCAUUAGCUACUAGUGCAGCCUCGGAUCAGGCUAGUCGAGCUCAACUAGCCGUAGUUAUUGUCGAUCUUGACACUUUGUGGAGUAAUUUUGAGGCAGAAAAUAAUAAUUUGUUAGAGAUACUUUCUGAUUUGGAUCAAUUGGGGGAGUAUUCGUUAGAUGUCGAAACUGAUACUCGGUCGUUGGUUGUGGAAGCCAAAGCGUUGUUCAACGAUUGCCAACCAGCUCCGGUUUUAAGUGUUGGUGCGCUCCAGCAAGUGUCAUAUGGGAAACCAGUUGAUAGUUCCAGUUGCUCCGCUGGAUCAUCCAGGGACGUUCCAACACCUUGUAUACCAAGGGAUUUAGCACCCGCAAGGUUACCCGAAAUUCCGCUUCCAUAUUUUGACGGUGAAUGCCAGAAUUGGCCUGCGUUCCGGGAUAGGUUCAACACGCUGGUGGCUAAGGACCCUAAUAUUUCGGACACAGUCAAAUUCUAUUACCUUAUAGGGUGCCUCCAUGCAGAUCCGCAGGAGGUAAUCAAGGGGUUCACCAUGUCGUAG